UGCAGAAAGGGGAGUGGACAAGAUUAAAACCGACAGAGAGAGAGAGAGAGAGAGAGGUGACAGCAGUAAGCGGGGCUGACUGAAUUCAAUCUCAGCUGUAGGUUCCGAGGGCUGGGUUCUAAUCACCCAUCUGACAUUCCAGAGAGCUGUCUGCUACAGGGAAGGCAGUCGGAUAAUGAGUGACAAAGGCACAAGAGUGUUCAAGAAGUCCAGCCCCAAUGGAAAGCUCACCGUCUACCUUGGAAAAAGGGACUUUGUCGACCAUGUUGACUUUGUGGAGCCUGUUGAUGGUGUUGUUUUGGUUGACCCAGAAUAUCUCAAGGAAAGAAAAGUGUUUGUCACCUUGACGUGUGCCUUCCGAUACGGCCGGGAGGAUUUGGACGUGUUGGGACUGACCUUCCGGAAGGAUCUCUUUGUCACCAGUGUCCAAACCUUCCCGCCAGUGGCUGAGGAGAAGAAGCCCUUAACUCGUCUUCAGGAGCGCUUGAUCAAGAAACUGGGUGAACACGCUUACCCUUUCACCUUCGAGAUUCCUCCCAACUUACCUUGUUCAGUCACUUUGCAACCAGGACCUGAAGACACAGGAAAGGCUUGUGGUGUGGACUUUGAGGUGAAAACAUACUGCGCCGAGAACAUGGAAGAGAAAAUCCAUAAAAGGAACUCAGUGAGGCUGGUGAUUCGUAAGGUACAGUACGCACCUGAGAAACCUGGUCCACAACCGAUGGCUGAGACCACAAGACAGUUCCUGAUGUCAGACAAACCCCUCCACCUGGAGGCAUCACUGGAUAAAGAGAUUUACUAUCACGGGGAACCAAUAAACGUCAAUGUUCACGUGACCAACAACACCAGCAAGACCGUCAAGAAGCUAAAGAUUGCAGUUCGUCAGUAUGCAGACAUUUGCCUGUUUAACACGGCCCAGUACAAGUGCCCUGUCGCCGCAGCAGAAGCAGAUGACAUUGUGGCUCCGAGCUCGACAUUCUGCAAAGUGUACACGUUGACACCAUACCUGGCCAAUAACCGGGAGAAACGUGGCCUGGCUCUGGAUGGAAAACUCAAGCACGAGGACACUAACCUGGCUUCCAGCACCCUACUAAGAGAUGGAGCAAGUAAGGAGAUUCUCGGCAUCAUGGUGUCUUACAAAGUCAAAGUGAAGUUGGUGGUUUCAAGAGGGGGUGACGUGAUCCUUGAGCUGCCGUUCACCCUGAUGCACGCAAAGCCUGAAGAAGAGGCCUUUUACAGAGAAGUUCCUGAGAAUGAGGUUCCCAUUGACACCAAUCUGAUCGAGUUUGACACCAAUGAUGAUGACAUUGUCUUUGAGGAUUUUGCUCGCCAGAGGCUGAAGGGAUUGAAGGAUGACAACGAUGAGGACGAAGAUGGGGUGAAUUCCCCACAACACAACGAUUGAUAAAACACCCUGCCUCGAAUCGCUGCGAAACACGGCGAUAUUUUUUGGUCUAUGAAAGCUGCUGUUGUUAAGUUUAUUUUCCCUCCUUGUUUUGGUUAUGAAAUGAAACAAGCUGAGGCUUCUUGACGAUCUCGGGCCUAAACCAAACGGUAGACUGGUACAAUGAUGAUGUCAGUUCCUUCAUGGCCUCUUCAGGCGUGAGGCCUCUGGUUAGGCCUCACCGGCGGUAGUUGCCAGCUUUCUCCAGGACUACCCCAUUAAGGUCUCCUGCGAAUUCAAACCAGCCUCCCGGCCGCAUCACGCUAGCGUCCAGAUGUGAAUAAUCACAGGGAGCUUUAAACAUUUCCUAUCAACACUUUUGUUUACUAACUGUGGAAAAUUAUUGGAAAUGUGUGUGUGUGUAUGUGGGCGGGCGGAAGGCUGUUAAAUUUCAUAGGGCUAUCGGAAGGUCAAACCCCAAGAACCCAAACAGAGUUGACAACCCACUCAGCUCGGCUCCCCGCUGUGGGCCAGCAGGUCUGAGGUUGAAUUGAAUAUUGUCAAUAAAAAGCAAAAAAAUGCCAAGUAGGGAAAAGCAACAGUUCUCGGCACGCAAUACCCUGGUUAAAGUGUUGCUACCCAAUACUUCUCUGUCACUCGCCAAGUCCUGGGUCAACAUGAUGCAAAAUCUAGGCCAAAAAAAAAGCCUUCCCAAAGGUAAUUAGGGAUGGGUAAUAACUGGCUAAAGUGUUAGCAACGCCCACAUCCCACCAAUGAAUAAGAAUUAACACAGUGUUGUGCCAAUUGUGGGUGAAGUAAUUAAGAGUAACAUGAGGGCUCGAACUCACCCACUUCCUCCCAGCCCAGACAGCCCCUGUUUGUUUUCAUAGUCGCAUCGUAUGCAAACCACGUAGUUGAGUGUCCAUUCCGGCUGGAAUUCUGCCUGCCGAUUUUAACACCAACCCAAGCUGUACCUGUCUUGCUAGCAAUUGAUGGGAACAGCGUAGAGGGAGCUUUACUCUGUAUCUAACCCCGUGCUGUACCUGUCCUGGGAGUGUUUGAUGGGGACAGUGUAGAGGGAACUUUACUCUGUAUCUAACCCCGUGCUGUACCUGUCCUGG